AUGGCUGGGUUUGACGAGCCUUCUGCGUCGUAUGGAGAGACGAAAGAUCGCGCAAAAGUGGAGUUGCAUGACCUCAGCGAGGGAAGUCCGAUUGAGGGCAAGUAUAUGGGAACUGAUUCGGACCGCCACGACAUGUUAGUGCUGGGAAGGAAGCAGGUCUUACGACGCAACUUCCAAUUCCUAUCUACCGUGGGCUUCGCAGCCGUCCUGAUCUCUACCUGGGAGAUUCUCUUCGCCAACGUCCUUUUCAGCUUGACAGAUGGUGGUACUGCAGGCAUAUUUUGGGGUUAUACGGUAACAGUCAUUGCGAGUAUCUUCAUUUACCUCAGUGUAGGAGAGAUGGCCUCGAUGUCCCCUACCGCGGGAGGCCAGUAUCACUGGGUCUCAGAAUUCUCCCCCCCUUGGUGCCAGAAGUAUCUCAGCUACAUCACAGGCUGGAUUCUUGCAACAGGGUGGCAAGGAUCUGUGGUGGGGCUUUCUUUCCUGGCGGGGACUAUCAUCCAAGGCCUCAUUACUCUGAACAACAGCAGCUAUAACCCUCAGCCAUGGCAUGGCACACUACUCGUCAUUGCAGUGGUACUGUUUGCUAUUGUUUUCAAUACAUCUAUGGCCAAGCAGUUGCCAAUGGUGGAAAUUGUCAUACUGUUCAUUCACAUUCUUGGCCUCUUUGCCAUUGUCAUCCCCCUUCUGGUCAUGGCACCUUCGCGUAACAGUGGCAGGACAGCCCUGCUGGACUUCUACAACGGUGGAAACUGGUCAACUGUCGGUCUUGCAACGAUGAUUGGCUUACUCACCCCUCUGGGCUCUAUGCUUGGCUUUGACUGCGCUGUACAUAUGUCCGAAGAAAUCAGAGACGCUUCCGACACCCUCCCAAGAUCUAUUUUUUGGGGUGUAGUCCUCAAUGUCAUCCUUGGGUACCUCGCUGUCUUCACGCUCUGCUUCACAAUUACCGAUCCCUCGGCCAUACUUAAUACUGCCACCAAGUAUCCUUUUAUCCAGCUGUUCUACAACAUUACCAACAGCUACGUCGGCACCAACAUCAUGGUCGCCAUUAUAAUCAUCGCAUUAGUAUGUGCUGUGAUUGCAGAAAUUGCCACAGCAUCUCGGCAGAUCUGGUCCUUUGCCCGCGAUGGAGGUUUGCCAUUUUCGCCCUUCCUAUCAAAGGUCUCCCCGAGCUUUCCCAUCCCCCUAAACGCAGUCAUAGUUUCCUUCCUCUGCGGCAUCGUCAUCAGCCUAAUCAACCUCGGCUCCGCCGUCGCUCUCAACGCCAUCAUCUCCCUCACCAUCUCCGCCCUCUUAGCCUCCUACAUCCUAUCCAUCGGCUGCAUCCUCUCCAAGCGUCUGCGCCGCGAACCGCUGCCAUCGGCGCGCUGGUCGCUAGGCCGCGCGGGAAUGGCAGUCAAUAUCAUCGCGCUGGUGUUCUUGGUGGCUUUCUUUGUGUUUUGCUUCUUCCCGACGGCUACGCCGGUGCAGCCGGAUACGAUGAAUUGGAAUAUUGUCAUGUUUGGGGGAAUCUUUGUGUGGGCUACGGUCUUUUAUGUGGUGAAGGGGAGGAAGACCUUGAAAAAGAUUGCAACAGUCCAAGACAGUGAUGUGCCUGCAACAGGCACAGCCACUCCUUCAAUUCCAAAGAAACGAGCCUCGGAGGCUGAAGUUGGACCAAGCGCCCUAAGAAAUACGUCACACGCGUCGUUGGGGCCGGAACGCCAAAAGUCUUUACCAAUACCAGGACGUAAAGCCCAUCUUGAACAGGAUCAUCAACUCGCUCAACAAGAUCAGGAUGGACAGAGCAGAACGACGGAACGAGGAUCAAAAUCAAUGGAUGAGAGGCCGUUGCUGGACAAAAUUUCAGAAGAGCCUGACGUGAUGUUUGAUGACAACGAUAUCUCUCAUCACCAGCGUGUCGUCUGUUCUCCCGAAAGUCCCGUUCUUCCACGUCCGCACCAAAGACAUGCUCUCCCAUUGCCGCCUGAUCCUGUCAAUCACUUCCGUGAAGCUUCGCCUCGACCUCAGUCCCGCAAUUCAACCCUCAAGGGUCCUCGGACAUCUCAAGGCGAGAUAUCCGACCAUGCUGCGUAA